UAUUGCAUUUAAAAUGAAAAAUAAAAAAAUUAACGACCAAAUGAAGUAGUCUUCCCAUUGAUGAAGAACAUAAAAUAAAAGAAUUGUAUUGUAACAUGAAAAUAUGAAUUUAUGCAGACAUGAACAUAGAGAAAACCUCACUCACAAUGGUGGCAAUAAAAAACAUAAAACAAUCGUAUUGUAGCAUGCAAAUAUGAAUUGUUACACUUCCCUCAUUGCACAAUGCACAAACAAAAAAUCCUUAACAACCCUCAAAUCACUUCACACCCAUAUCCUCAAAUCCGGUUCCUUGUUUUCAUUCUUUGGUCACAAGCUCAUUGAUGGUUACAUCAAAUGCAGCGUCAUCACUGAAGCACGCAAGUUGUUCGAUGAAAUGCCCAACAGACACAUAGUUACUUGGAAUUCAAUGAUCUCUUCUCAUGUUAGCCGUGGGAAGACCAAAGAAGCUAUUGAGCUUUACAGCAACAUGCUCUUUGAGGGUGUUUUACCGGAUGCUUACACCUUCUCCGCAAUCUUUAAGGCUUUUUCAGAAAUGGGAGUUUCACGUGAGGGGCAGAAAGCGCAUGGGUUGGCUGUGGUUUUGGGUUUUGAGGUGUCGGAUGGGUUUGUUGCAACCGGCAUUGUUGAUAUGUACGCGAAAUUUGGUAAAAUGAAGGAUGCCCGUUUUGUGUUUGACCGUGUUUUGGAUAAAGACGUUGUCUUGUUCACUGCGUUGAUUGUUGGGUAUAAUCAACACGGUCUUGAUGGUGAAGCUUUGGAGGUUUUUGAAGAUAUGGUCGGUAGUAGAAUUAAGCCGAAUGAAUAUACUUUGGCGAGUGUUUUGGUUAGUUGUGGUAAUCUAGGAGAUUUAGUUAAUGGUAAAUUGAUUCAUGGUCUUGUUGUUAAGUAUGGUUUGGAAUCUGUUGUUGCUUCGCAAACUUCGCUUCUUACUAUGUAUUCAAAAUGCAACAUGGUUGAGGAUUCCAUAAAGGUAUUUAAUAGCCUUGCUUAUGCAAGCCAUGUGACUUGGACAUCUUUUAUAGUUGGUCUUGUGCAGAAUGGUAGAGAGGAGGUUGCUUUGUCAAUGUUUAGGGAAAUGAUGCGGUGUUCGAUAAGUCCGAAUCAUUUCACAUUGUCUAGUAUUCUUCAUGCUUGUUCAAGCCUUGCAAUGCUUGAAGCAGGGGAACAAAUCCAUGCCGUAACCGUGAAACUAGGAGUUGAUGGAAACAAGUUUGUUGAUGCUGCACUGAUUCAUUUGUAUGGAAAAUGUGGAAAUGUAGAAAAGGCAAGGUCUGUUUUUGAUUCGUUGACCGAGUUAGACAUAGUAUCCAUAAACACAAUGAUCUAUGCUUAUGCACAAAACGGUUUUGGGCAUGAAGCUCUUGAGCUAUUUGAAAGAUUGAAAAAGUUGGGACUUGAACCUAAUGUCGUGACAUUUAUUAGCAUUCUCUUGGCAUGUAACAAUGCAGGAUUAGUUGAAGAAGGGUGUCAAAUCUUUUCUCUCAUCAGGAACAACCACAGCAUUGAAUUAACAAGAGAUCAUUAUACUUGUAUGAUUGAUCUGUUAGGAAGAGCUAAGAGAUUUGAAGAGGCUACGAUGUUGAUAGAGGAGGGGAAAAAUCCAGAUGUGAUACAAUGGAGGACGCUGCUGAAUGCAUGUAAGAUUCAUGGAGAGGUAGAGAUGGCGGAGAAAUUUAUGAAAAAAAUGCUUGAUCAAGCUCCUAGGGAUGGAGGAACUCAUAUUCUCUUGACAAAUAUUUAUGCUUCAGCUGGAAAAUGGGACAAUGUGAUCGAGAUGAAAAGUGCAGGAAGAGAUUUGAGGUUGAAGAAAACUCCUGCAAUGAGUUGGGUUGAUAUAGAUCGGGAAGUUCAUACUUUUAUGGCAGGAGACUUAUCUCACCCAAGAGCUCAUGAAAUUUCAGAAAUGUUGCAUGAAUUAAUAGAGAAGGUUAUAACUCUGGGUUAUAAUCCUGAUACCAAAUUUGUGUUGCAGGAUUUGGAGGAAGAGAAAAAGAUUAGUGCUUUAUAUUAUCACAGUGAAAAAUUAGCUAUAGCUUUUGCUUUAUGGAAGACUUGCGGUAAGAAUACUGCUAUCAGGAUUUUCAAGAAUCUUAGAGUUUGUGGGGACUGCCACAGUUGGAUAAAAUUUGUUUCUUUACUUAGGAGAGAUAUAAUUGCUAGAGAUGCAAAGAGAUUUCAUCAUUUUAAAGGAGGAAUUUGUUCUUGUAAAGAUUAUUGGUGAAUUACUAAAUUAUUAUUAUUCAUCUUGCCCCUU